AAAAAAGGCAACCUCCGAUUUGUGAAGCAAAGUUUCAGAAGAUUCCAAUUGACGAAGGAGAGCGAUCGAGAAACAGUAGUGUUUUGACGUAAGCUCCAUGGCUUCACGGUUGAUUCAUUCCAGACUCUUGCUCUCUAGACUCUGUUUAAUGGAUGGGAACAAGAAUUGGAGAUUUCUUUCAACCGAGUCUAACAAGGUUGAUGAGCCUUUGAAAGUUGAAGAAGCUGAGACUACAAAUGUACCUCCUCCUUCUGAAAAGCUGCUUGUGUUGGGUGGAAAUGGAUUUGUUGGCUCCCAUAUCUGCAGGGAAGCUUUGAAUCGUGGUCUGAAUGUUUCCGGCCUUAGCAGGUCUGGUGGAUCAUCUUUACAUGACUCUUGGGCUAAGAAUGUGACAUGGCAUAAAGGGAACCUUCUUUCUUUUGAGUCAUGGAAGGAAGCUCUUGAUGGAGUUACAUCUGUUAUCUCUUGCAUUGGUGGUUUUGGAUCUAAUUCAUAUAUGUAUAAGAUUAAUGGGACUGCAAACAUCAAUGGUAUCCGGGCUGCUACAGAAAAAGGAGUGAAAAGAUUUGUGUAUAUCUCCGCUGCUGAUUUUGGGUUGGCAAACUAUUUACUGAAAGGAUAUUAUGAGGGGAAGAGAGCUGCAGAGAUGGAGUUACUCGAUAAAUUCCCAUACGGAGGGGUGAUUUUAAGGCCUGGCUUCAUUCAUGGGACUCGCCGUAUUGGAAACAUAAAGUUACCUCUAGGUUUUAUUGGUUCACCACUAGAAACGGUUCUCCAGCAUGCUAAACCACUGAACCAAAUACCGCUAGUUGGCCCAAUGUUCACUCCCCCUGUUAACGUUACCGCAGUUGCCAAGGUAGCAGUGAGAGCUGCAACCGAUCCAGUUUUUCCUCCGGGCAUCGUGGAUGUUUACGGAAUACAACGAUUUAGCCAGCAAAUGUCGAGAUAGAUUAUUAAUUGAAGUUGAGAGUUUUGCGUUUGUUUCCUCUAUAAUUCACAAGUGAAGAGCUGUCGAUAUGUAGCGGUUAAGAGGGUGUAUGGCUGAUCGUAAAUUCUUGUAAUGGUUGCUGAUUUAAGAGAGUGAACAAAACUAGGUCCGUAGUUCGCUGUGAUGCAAUAAAAAUCGAGCACUUCUCAA